AAUCCCUCAUCAUGUCCGGAAACAUGACUUCCAACGGCACAGCUAUUUUUAACCCACCGGAAAUACCUAUAUGGGGAUUCUGGGUAAAACAGGUGGCGACCCCUAUUGUCACCGUUGUAGGACUGACCGGAAAUACCUUGUCGUUCUUAGUAAUGGGUUGCUCUAAGAGACUCUGCAAGAAAUCGUACAGCCAGCUUCUAUGUAUGCUUGCCAUUUUUGACAGCCUUAACUUGGUUACCAAUCAAGUAGAACUAAUAGAUGAAAUGAAUGUCUAUAAAUCAGGGCGUCAGAACAGCUUUUACAGGGACUUUCCAGACAGUGCAUGUAAGAUCUAUAAUUUUCUCAAGCACGUUUUCCUCCUCGUAUCGUCCUGGUUGGUUGUCUGUCUGUCUGUUGAGAGAGUUCAAGCCGUGUGUUUUCCCUUCAGGAGGACAUUUAUACGAAGGCGGUUUAGUGUUGCCAUUCUUGUGACUCUAACUAUCGUCAUUUUGUCCUUGACACAGAUGUUCCGAAUUCUAUUUAUAGAAAAUGUGAACGGAAUUUGUAUGGCAGUACAGGAGUACUUGACACUAUAUGUUUAUCUUCAUCAGUACGGCUAUCAUCUAAGUCUCCUGUUUGCUUUACCCUGUGUCAUUGUUCUCUCGUGUAACUUUGCUGUCAUCUACCAGAUUUACGUCAUCAGAAAAGAAGCGGGAAAUGACCGUCCUCGAUCGUUAGACAGUACAAGAAAGGCGACAACCAUGUUAUUAUUGAUAGGUUUCGUGUUCAUUAUCACCAUGUUUCCUCAGUUUGUGUGUACAUGCAUCCUUCUGUAUUACACUGAGGAAAGCAGGCGACAUAUAGGACAACACAUCAUGCUAAAUAUGAGGCCAUAUUUAGAGUUAUUUACUGUAGUAAGUUAUACAAACUAUUCAAUUAACUUUGCUAUAUACGUUUUGUGUGGAAAGUCCUUUCGACGGGAAGUGAGGAGAAUCUUCAAACGUACCCGGCGAGGAAGUUUCUUUGGAACGCGGACUCGUACAAAAGAAGAGGUACUGCGGUCCUAAUCAUCUGUCAGAUCAAGCUAUCUACGGCAAAGUAUAAUGUGAUAGUAUAUAAUCUUCAAAUGACGAUCUCAUUUCAUUACGUAAGAAAAGAAUUUCUUCCCUGUCUGUUCACGUUAAUAAUGAAUGUUUUUUUUUUUAAUAAUUACCUAGUAUUAAAGACGAUCAGAUCAAUAACAUGUGAUACAUGUUCCAUCAGGUCAAAUAAUAGUUUACGCCAGUAAAAUUUACAAACUGUCGUUGUUGACGGGACGAUAAUUUCCGUAUGUUCGUCAAGAAUCCAUGAACUGUAAACCAAUUUGCAAGGUUGAUAAAUUCUGAAAUUUUUUUUGGAAACAUAUAUGUAUUGAACAAAGAGAGAAAGUGAAGAAAGCAAAGAUACUCAAUCUAAAAAAAACCUACAAAUAAUAGAAAUGUAUGGACAGGGUAUAGAACACAGACCCCUGGAAAUUCCAGUGUGGGAUCAGGUUCCUAGGAUUAGUAAACAUCCCCUAAGUAGUAAUCAAGUAGAUAGAAUAUACUGUAAUCAAACUGAGUAUAACACAAAAGACAGUACAAUUGGUAUGAAACGCAUCAGUCAAAAUACAACCCAGUGAUAAGUUAUUUACUAACAAUGUAAUUUUAACGAUCAUAGAAAUUAUUCAAUGCUCUGUUUCCGAUUUGUAUUGUUUCAAUGGACUUUUGAACUUGAUUACCGUCCUUUAUCUCCAUAUUUCAUGGUGACUUUAAACAAGGUUAUUGAAAUUCUUGUAACAUAAGUUGUCUAAACAUGUUUUUAAUUUUUUUUUUUUCAAGGAAUAACAUUAGUUUUUUAUUACAUACAUUUUCACAUACUGUACCAUUUUCAAAUUUGUUAGAUGUCAUACCUGUGCCUUGAUUAUA